GUGCUUCAGCUGAAUCGUUAUUACCCAGAGCCAAGCGUUCGGAAACGAUAUGGCAUUGAUAACUGCCAUUUCUGGGAUGUUUUUGAUUUGACACUGUGUGACAAGGUUUACAAAGUGAAGUUUGUCCUGACAGCUGAUGCACGACUGAAACAGAAGAUCAGUGCAGGGUGCUACGUCCAACUGAAGAAGUUCUCUCGAUACUGGGAUGAAGAAAGCAUUCAGAGAAAUGUUAUUGUUGUUGUUCAAGAACUUGAAGUAGUCAGUGGGAAGCAACCUGUGGUAAAUACUUCAGGUUAUGAAAGUCUUCCAUGGUGUAAUAUUUGUUCAUCAAAACAGACAGAAAAUGUUCCACUGAUAUCUGCCAGGUGUUAUUAUGUGGAUAACUGGACCAUUCAUGUGGCAACAACAAGUACAGAUGAUGAAGUUGAAACCUGUGAUUUGAGUUCUGUUAGUGAAAGGGAGAUUGUUUCCCUUAAGGAUGUUACAAGCAAGAAAGUAUCACAGUAUGCUAAGCCAGCUGUCUUGGUCAAGGUCAUGAGGAAGUGCAGGCUCAUCCAUUACAUCAGUUAUUCUAGGGAAGACAAAUGGCCAUUCCAGCUGCCUUUACUGGUUGGAGACAAGUCUGGCUGGUGCACUGUUGUUCUGUGGAACAAACUGGCACUAAAGAUGUUACAUAAUGUUCAUGAGGGCAGCUUGCUUCUGUUGAAGAACUUUCGUGUGAAGACAAGCAUCCAACAGAAGACCAAAUCUUUCUUUAGUCCUCCCCAAGGCACUGCGCUGUUUCCAUGUGAGCUGGGUGUGGAUUCCCAGAAUCCAGCAACUGUGGUCAAACUUGUCACAUAUCAGCCAGACAGUGCUAGGAAUGGACUUAACUUUCCGCGUCUAGAGUUCUGCUUUCUGACCAAGCGAGAUCUCGUCUCGGUUCCAGAUUUUUCUACAGUAGAUGUAGCUGGCCUAAUAACUUUUGUUGGACGGGUGGAAAGAGAAGCCAGAAAAGACAGUGGAGCCUUUUUUUACCGCCGCUGGGUGCAUUUAAGAGAUUCAUCACUUUCUGAACCCAUUAUAGCACUGGUUUAUAGCGGUGAGCAGAAGGAGACGUUCUUUAGUCUAAAGCCAGGACAAUACCUGCUGUGUAGACACAUGCUCACAAACCAGUGCUUGGAUGAUCUGGUCUCUUCGAGGCAAAAACGACAUGGAUGGUUAACUACAACAGCAUAUUCGUGGUUGUAUGUGUUUACUCCAUCAAACGCUAGGAACCUUCCUGAGGAUUUCAGGGAUGUUGUAAAGACUAGCAUGCCUACACACCCAUCUGAUUAUUCUGAUCUGUUCCAAGAAGGUGGCGUGUUCAGAUACCCCCCGUUUUCCUAUUGUAUUGAGUCGUUGCAAAGGAGUAGAUCUGAAAUUGUGCCAAGCUCUGAAUGGAAGAGUAUCUGUCACAGAAUGACAUGGAGAGAAUGUCACCAGUUUACAGUUCAUGCUGUCUUGACAUCGGUGGAGUUUAGCAGAGUCUCCAAGGAGAAGACAACACCUGUAAGGAUAAAUAGUGAACAAAGACAGUUUUUAU